AUUUGAUACUCCCUCCAGAAUUCCCCCAAUUCCUUCCCUCCAUAAGUCUCGUAUCUCUUUCCCCCAAUUUCUAUUUCCCCCAAUUCCUUCCCCCGAUUCAUUCUAUUUCCCUCAAUAGGUAACAAACUCCCAAUUUUCUAACUUCAGAUUCUUCUAUUUCUUCCAAUAUGUUUCUCUGGCUAGACGAAUCGAGAUUCAAAUCAGAAAUUCAUUUAGCAGCUUCAAUAAUCUUUAGGUAGCCGAGAGAUCAAAAACUGCUAGUGAAGCGAUUGGGAUCGAGGUCGACAGUAAAACAUUUGAUAGAUUAGCAGAUCUUUCUGCUAUAAUAGGUUCAACUUAUUUAUCAAACGACUACCAAUUGUAUAGGUAGAAAGAUAUGUCAUUCAAGAGACUUAUAUGAUAUGGGAGGAGAAGGAGAUAAUAAAUUUCCUGAGAAUGAGCCAUUCCCAGUGCAAGACUUAGAUUAACACUUUGGGGAUGUUAAUGAUCUGCUUUUGUGUAGGGAGGAUGAAACUAAUGAAAUAUUAUUUGAUCGCGAUAUUGAAAAUGAGAUUGGCAAAGAUGAACAUAUUUGAAGAGUCAUUGCUAGCCCUUUUCACAUUUUAGAAGGAAGCAUCUUAAUAUAUUUUAUGUCCUUGCAUCUAGUUACUUUCUUUCAUUAAUUAAGCUUUAAGUUAUUUUGUCUUGAAGUUUAAACUGGUUUGGUAUCAAGGUUUUCUUGUUUUGCUUUAUAUACCUUUACGUAUGUAGAGAUGCCGAAGCAAAAUAGGGUUAAAGAUCAAUUCAAAUCAGUCAAAGAGAGAUCUUCACUUGUUCCAAGGCAGUCAUCACAGGCUCAAGCUUCAUCUUCAACAUCUUAUCGAGUCUCUUUACAUUCUACACUGCCUACACAACCUACACAACCUGUUAUUUCAGUUGAUAGAGUCUCUUCGCAGCACGUUGUUCCAUCUUCAUCAUCUGAUGGAGUCUCUUCGCAGCAUGUUGUAUCACUUUCAUCAUCUGAUGGGGUAUUUUCUCAGCCCGCCGUUCCAUCUUCAUCAUCUGGUGCAGUCUCUUCACGACAAACUAGACGUAGUACUAGCAAUGAAAAACCUCAUUGGUUUAUCGAUGUUAUAGAUGAAUGUCAAGUAAUAAAAACAAUUAGAUUGAAGGUUAAGGAUGUCCAUAACUUGGAUAAAGGGUUGCGUAUAAUUGUAGAAUUUGAUGAAUAUCAUGCAGCAAUUGGGAAAUCGGUUGGCCUAAUUGCUGGAGUUUUAGGGCAACUUGCAACAAAUCCUAUGUACUUUCCUAUUGGCUUUGAGAAAUGGUCAUCUAUGCCCAAAUAUUUUGUGGACCGUGUUUUUAAUGAUAUAAUAGUGCCUCGUUUUUUUUUUAGGAUUGAUCAACAAAAGGCAAAGGCAUGGCUUAACAGUUCCCUUAACAAAAAUUGGAAGGAGUACAUGCUUAAACUAUGGAAGGAGGCUGAAGAUCUAUUAAUAAGUAAAGAAGAUAUCAUCAAGAACGCUCCGAAUGGCAUACCGAUGGACCAACGGGCACUGUAUGUUACUUAUCGCUUGAAAGAGGAGACAAAGGAGCGUUGCAAGAAGAAUGCACAUAUUCGAAAAAACCAACUUCCUCAUACUUGUGGUGCUAUGAGUUUGGCUAGAAAAAGGGUUGCAAUGAAGGUGAUGGGAAAAGCUUUUGAUCGAGGCAAAAUGUGGACUGAGACUCAUAAAAGGAAAGAUGGGAGUUAUGUAACGGAUGAGGCUAGGGUGAUUGGGGAAAGAAUUGAAGAAAUUCGAAGUGAAAGAGCAGAAAGUUUUGAUGAACCUUCACCAAAUGAUGCACUUGGCAUAGUAUUCGGUCCCGAGCACCCUGAUCGUGUUCGAGGUUUAGGCUUGGGUGUAAUUUCAACUGUAGCAUUCAAACAGACAUCUGCGAGAUACCGUCGUGGUUAUGUGGGUUCAUCUAGCACUACCGCUCUAACUCCGGAGUGGCAGCAAGAGAUGACAGAUGUGGAAUCUAAAUUAAAUGCACUAAUUAGCUUAUAUGAAAGGAACAUAGGGAAUAUCCCCGAGGAGUUUGCUCACUUAUUUUCCACUCCUCCACAUGCACCAGAUUUAGGAAGUGGUGCACCAUCAACAAUUGAACAAAAAAGAUCUUUAAAUGAAAGUAACAAUGAUGUUCGUCCAAGUGUGAAUUAGUGAUUAUUUUGU